GUCGAGCCGACGUGUAGCAUGGUCUCCCGGGAGACCGGGAAAGCCGUUCGCACUGGGAGUCGAGGUCUAGAACUCAUAUUUUGGGAAAUUAUGGAUCGUCACAUCCCCAUGCAUGAAUUACCUGAAGAAAUCCAAAAGAUGUCUCCUGAAGAAAAAGUUUGUAAGUACUGUGGAGUCAGCUAUCUUAUUCUUCAUGAGUUUAAGGCUAUGGAAGAAAAAGUGAAAGUGAUGGAAAAAGAGAUGAAAUUUUAUCAAGGAAGCGUAGACCGUGAAAAGAGACUUCAAGAAAAGCUACAGUCUCUUAGUCAAGAUUUUGAACAGUACAGAAUUGACAGUGAAUCCAAAACAGAAAGAAUUCAAGAUGUAAGCAUGCAGUUAAAAAGUCAACAAUAUGAAUUUCAGAGAGUACAGAAAGAAUUGAGUCAUUUGCAACAUGAAUUAAAAAUUAAGCAGAGACAAUCACAAGUAUUCAGUCAAAGAUUGGUGGAGUACAAAUAUUUCUGGAAUAAGACUCUUUCAUUACUUACUUUUACUAAAAGGGAGCUAACCAGUAUUAAAAAUGAAGUAUAUGAUAAUUUUCAAAACUGGACUUCACUGAAAGGAGAAGUUUUUCUACAAAUUAAAUCCAUAAGUGAAACAGCCUUGACAGAAAUAGAGAUACUAAAGAAAAGUUUGACAGUGUCCCAGAGAAAUAAGAUAUGCCUUGAAGAGGAAAUGAAAAAUCUGAAAUUGUUGUCAGAUGCAGACAUGUUGAGGUCUCAGCAGAUUCAGACAUCCAAACAACAGGAAGUAAACUUGCAAACCAGAUGCCAUGACUUGCAAAAAGAAGUACUAGAUUUACAAUGUCAAGUAGAGGCACUUGGGCUAAACCUUCAGAAGGCAGUGACCAAGAUUGACAACUAUAAAGCAAAGCUCAUGAAUAAAUCUAAUGAAGCUGAUGACUGUCAAAGAGAACUUAGAAAACUGAAGUUUGAAUCCAUUAUUUCUGAGUCACGGCAUACCAGAUUGCUUAAAGAGAAAGAGGAUUCUUUAAUGGCUUGUCAACAAAUAUAUAAAACUUUACAGGAAGAACUGACUGCAAAAGAAAGGCAAGAAGAAGACAUAAAAAGAAGAAUUAACCUUGCAGAAAAUGAACUACAGAUAACCAAAACUCUUCUGACUCAGACAAAGGAAGAGGUUGUAACACUGAAAAAUGAAAGGGAAUUAAUGCUGAUUUCACAUCAGAAAAGCAUCGAACAGCUGCAGGAAACCCUCAGACAGAAGCUGCUGAACGAUGAUAACUGGAGAGAGAAGACUGAAGCUGAGCUGGCCAAGGAAAGAGCCCGACAUUUAGUUGAAUUUGAGGAGCAAGCUCUGCUUUUUAAGGAAGAAGCUAAACUAGAGCUUGAUAUUGAAAAGGAAAAACACCAAGAAAUAAUCCAAAAGUAUAAGAAAGAACAAGAGGAACUACAAACAAAGAUAUCAGACUUAAUCGCAAGUGCUACUAGAGAUCUAAGGCUGGAAGUGACCACUCUUGAAGAGAAACUCCGUGAAUCUUAUAUCCGGUAUACUGAAGAUUCUGAGUCAAAGGAGAAAGAAAUUGAAAACCUUAAAAAUGUGGUUGCAGAAUUUGAAUCCCGCUUGAAGAAGGAAAUUGAUAGUAAUGAUUCUGUUUCAGAGGACUUGAGGAAGGAAAUGCAGCAGAAGUCAGACGAGCUAGAAAGAGUAAUGCUGGCACAAACACAACUGAUACAGCAGUUUCACCAGUCCCAGGAACAGAACACUUUUCUUCAGGAAACAGUGCGUAGGGAGUGCGAAGAACGCUUUGAACUGACAGAGGCUUUGAGUCAAGCCAGAGAACAGCUUCUGGAGCUCAGGAAGCUCAGUGGAAGUUCACCUUUGUCACCGUGUUCCCUUAACCAGGGCAGCCUAACCUCCUCUGCUGCCGUGGUCAGUAAUCAGGCGGAAAGAAGCCUUACAAGACUGAACUCUGGGAAAGGAAUCAAAAUUCCCAGCCUGCACAGAGUGGCAAAACCUACCACUUCCCCAACCUUGGCUCAGUCCCAGAGGCUCAGCAGCUCAGGUUUGCCCACUGUGCCCCAACCGCAUCCUCCCUGGGGUGGAGCAUCGUCGGUAAAUGAGACCAGACAAAGGCUGGCUACCAUUCUGCGGAGGAGACUGAGCCAGCAGUGAUUGGUCCAGUCCGGAGCAGCUCCACACAGCACACCUGGUCUUACCCAGCGGGCCAGAGAUGCACUGUGACUGAGGGUGACAAAGGCCAUAUUAUUAUCACAGAUCAAGAAUGCACGGUUAUAGAUAUUUUUAAUAGCAUAAUUGUGGAAAAACUAGGAAUUGUGAAGCCACAUUUUCUAAGAGACCUUUGAAAUUGCCACAGAUAAUGAAGUUGCUGAUAUUCCAGAGGGCCAGUUUCUAUACUUCUAUAUUGCAUGUUUAGAUGUGUUCUAUGCAUGUGCCCUUUUAGAGAUCAUAGGUAAAAUUUUUCACUCAUGGCAUCUUUGCUAUUUUUUUUGCACCAUUACAAGCAGAUAUAUUUCCACAAAAAAUAGAUUGUAUUGGUUGUGUCUGUUUUUGUUCCUUUGUUUGUUGAGCUGAAUAGGUUAAAUAGAUGUAAUUCAUAUUCCAAAUAGAAAAUGGAAGUACUUUAGUCCUAAAUCGGAUAAUUUCCAAAAUGUUCAGUUCAAAUAUUCACAGAAUUCAUCAUCAUCAUAGAAACCUUCUCUUUUUCAUCUCACAAUCUAAUUGGUUAAUCGAAUUUCUUUUUAGGCCAGAAGUAAAGAUAGGUACCCUUCAAGAAGGCAGUCCUCCCUGUGAACCUGGGACCUUCUAGGAAAAGGGACAGCAACUCCAAUUCAAGGAAACGGUGGUUUACUUUUCAAACUAUAGAGAUUAUUUAAAAAAAAAACAAAGAGCCUGGCUGACCAUGAAAAUAUUACUUGGUAGAGAUUUUCUACAUUGAAUGCUUUUUGGUAAUCACUGCUGGAUUUUUAUUUGAACUUGUAUCCUUCAACCAUUGGGAAAGGAACUAACUCAAGACCGUUCUAUAGAGUCACAUAGUGCUAAUUUGGAGUUCACAUUUUAUUACUCCCCAAGAUAGGCAACUGGUUAACAUAUUUUCUAUUUUCAGAGUGAAAAACUAAAACCAGCAACCAAAACCAGCUAUUUUAAGUUAUAGAGCUUCAGGCCCCUCCUGUUUCUUAAAAUACAACUCUUUACCUUAAGUUAAUGUUUGUCUAUCUUUUCCCCCUUCAAACUGAAAUGUAUUUUUCUUUCAAGACUGACUUUACUUAAAUCCUUCAUCUGACUCUAUCAGGGACAUCCAGGCUUCUUGUUCCCGGAUGAGGAUAUAGUAACACGUGUGAAAUAUGGCACGUAAAACUCUCCUCUGUUUGGCUUUUAUACUGAUGAGAGAAUCCAAAGGUACUUGGAAUUCUUCCCAUCUGAAAAAAAAAAAAAAA